CAGUUCUGUUGCCUGGGGGCAGGGGCCAUCUCCUGGGGGCAGUGGCCCGACCACUGCAGCAGCUUCGUGGCUCCUGGAGUGGCUGGCAUAGGUGGCGUGGAGUACAGGUCUGUCACCUGUCCCUCCCACGGUGUUCCAUGGGGACCUGUGUCCUCACUGGAGGGGCGUCUCUGUGUCAACGUCGUCUAGACAUGGACCAGAAGCUCGCCACUCUGGUGGAAGAGCUCACCACGUCGGGAGAACCCCAGCUGAACCCUGAGAAAGUAAAGGAGCUGAAGAAAAUUUGCAAAUCCUCUGAGGAGCAGCUCCGCCACGUCUACCACCUGCUGAUGACGCAGCUGAGCCAGGAGCACGCCGAGGUCCGCCUCUCGGCCUUCCAGGUGCUCGAGGUGCUCUUCACGCGCUCGCAUCAGUUCCGGGUGCUGGUCGUCUCCAACCUCCAGGAGCUCCUGGAGCUGACGUUGGGCACGGACCCCGAGCAGCCCCUGCCGCCCCCCCGGGAGGUGGCCCGCACCCUGAGGCGGGCUGCCAUGCAGGCUGUCGAGGGCUGGAACGAGAAGUUUGGCCAGGCCUACAAGAAGCUGGCCUUGGGCUACCACUUCUUGCGCCACAACAAGCAGGUGGACUUUCAGGAUGUCCACGCUCGGACCCUGGCAGAGAGGAAGCGCGAGGAGGAGAAGCAGAGGCGCCUGGACGCCGUCUACAAGGAGCGGGCCCAGCAGGCCGAGAGGGAGAUGGAAGAGAUGUCUUCAGAGAUCCAGUCCUGCCUGACGGAGGUAGAGAGCUGUUUCCAUCUAUUGGUGCCCUUUGACUUUGCCCCGAGCAUACCUGGGGGGGAAGCCACUCCCUCCUCGAGCUUUGGCUCCCCAGACGAGGAGCAGCCCUGCUGCAGCAAGGACCUGCCUGCCCUCAGUGGAGAUGGGUGCUCGCCAGAGGCCACCUCAGGGGACCUGUCAGAAGAGGAGGCGUUCGUGCGGAGCCAUGGGCUUGGCUCCCACAAGUACACGCUGGCCCUGGAGCUCCGUCCAGACCCGCUGCUGGUGCAGGAGGAUGAGGACAACAGCGCCGUGGUCCAGAGCGCCCGCGAUGUGCUCAAGCUCGUCCAGAGCAAGUUCCUGCCGGCCGCGAGCUCCUGGGUGCAGCUCUUCACCCGCGCAGGGGUUCACGACCAGCGGCUGAGGCGCGCCAUCGACCUGAAGACGGAGCUGGAGGCAGCCGUGCGCAAGUCCAAGGAGCUGCACAUCCAGCCGCAGAGGAGAUCCUGCAGGGCCGGGGGCAGCGAGGACGAGGAUGAGGACGAGUUUGUGGAGGUUCCGGAGAAGGAAGGCUACGAGCCCCAUGUCCCUGAGCACCUGCGGGCGGAAUAUGGGUUGGACCCAGCAGUCCCUGCCCAGGCUCUGGAGAAAAUCCCCCCAGGGGGGCGUGCUGCUGGAGGUGUGCCCGGGACAGCGAGGACAAGGAGGGAUGAGGAGGCAUCGGACCCUACCUCUGCUGCCGCCCAGCUGCAGCUGCUCAGAGCCUGGCUGCCCACACCCAUGUCCACCAGCACCCCCAGGGUGCCGCUGGGGGCCGACAAAGCCCAGAAGCUGGCCGCAGAGCGCGCCCGAGCGCCUGUGGUGCCCUUUGGAGUGGACCUGUGCUACUGGGGCCAGGAGCAGCCAGUGGCCGGCAAGGUUGUCAAAGCCGACUCCCAGCAUCGCUUCUGGAAGCCCAGUGAGGUGGAAGAAGAGGUGGACAAUGCCGACGUCUCAGAGAUGCUCCGCAGCCGCCACAUCACCUUUGCCGGGAGCUUUGAGCCCGUGCAGCACCGCUGCCGAGCUCUGCGGCCCGACGGCCGGCUCUGCGAGCGUCAGGACCGGCUAAAGUGCCCUUUCCAUGGGAAGAUAAUCCCUCGAGAUGACCAUGGGCAGCCCCUCCACCCAGAGGACAGGGCAUGUGAGCAGAGCCAACAGCUGCGGCAGCAGGCAGAGCCCCCGGACUGGCAGGACCCAGAGCUCAUGAGAGAUGUGGAGGCCGCUGUUGGGGUGGACCUGGGGUCAUCGCGCUACAGUGGCAAGGGCAAAGGGAAGGGCAAGGGCAAGAAGAGGAAGUACCCGCACCUGACCGACCUGAAGAAGCAGGCGGACACGGCACGGGCGCGCAUCGGGAAGAAAGUCUUCCACAAGGCGGCUGUGCGCAGGGUCAUCACCGCCAUGAACCAGAUGGACCGCAAGAAGCACGAGAAGUUUGCGAACCAGUUUAAUUAUGCGCUGAACUAGAUGUCUGGCUCCUCCACCGCCCCCGCCUGCUGGACCAGAGGCAUGCCUGAGUGGCAGGCUGGGCACAGAGCUGCAUCUCACCAUCAGGGGUGUGUGUGGGGAGCAGGGGAGGGCGGGGUCGGGUGCAGCUCUGGUCAGUGUGGCUCCCCCGAUUAUGUGGCCAGGUCGCCGGCCGGUGGAAGACCCUGGGUGAGAAAAGGGUGGUGUGCCCUGUGGGGUGUCUCCCUGCAAGCCGCCAUGCCUAUGGUGGUGGUUGUGGUGGGGGCUCCCUCCCAGUGGUGCUUGUUGGCUGCUCUCCCCUCCAUGGGAUGGUGGAGUGCUGGCGGGGUUCCCGAUCGGAACACAGCCCCUGCUUUGCUGAGAUAGGCCGUGGGUCCCUACAGUGCCGCCUUCUCAAGUGCCCAACUCAGGGUGUCUAGCCUAGUCCCAGCGUCGUGUGCCCCUCGCCACCGUCAGGGUCGGUCUGGGCUUUUGUCAACCCUGGAGAGGGACUUGGGUGCUCCCGUCCCAGCCCUUCCCUCACACUCAGGGCUGUGGGGUGCCCUAGGGCCAGUGUGCAGUGCAGACUUGCCCCAUUGGGUUUCCUGGGCUGUAGUCGCUCAGGCACUUAGCUGCUAAACUGAAGUUCUGAGGCUUAGACCUACCGGGGACUCCUCUGGAGAAAAGCAGCCCGUUCGGCUCCCAGAAGAGGAUGACAACCUGGGGACCCCCUGCGGAAUGGACCCCACGCGACCAUCUCUGUGGGAGCAGAUCCCGGCCUCUCGCCCACAGAGCCGCCUCUGGGUGGGUUCAAACCUCCCACCCUCUGGUUAGCAGCCAAGCACUUCACCGUGUGCCUCCAGGCCCCUCAGGCUCUAGAUACCCCCUGACCCCCUUCACUGUGUCCAGCGCCUGCCUGUCCUGAACAUGUUGUCGGGCUUGGUCACAGGACUUCUCUCUCGUGAAUGGCACCGCUGUCCUAAGCACUCGGUCUGGGCCACCAUGUGGCCAUUCUGUGCCUAACCUGUGACUGAGUACGUGCCAGCCUGCCUCCACAGCAGCCACGUAAGAGAGCGCCAAGUCCCACGACCUCUCCAACACCUGUUACUGGCUCUGUUCUGCCGCCCCACCCCACCCCAUGGCAAGGUGGCACCUCGCCACUGUGCUUUUCAUUGGCAUUUCUCGCAGCUUGAUGACACGGAGCGGAGCCUCUUUUCCUGUUGGUAUCCUCAUUGGAGAAAUAGCUCCUCCAGCUCCUUAGCCACUUUCAAGUGGAUUUUUGUCCUGAACUGUUUAUUAGCACGCUCAGGAUACUAGAGCUUCCUAGGAUUUGAAAGCGUUUUCUCCCUCUUUGUCUCUUCACUUCCUUGAUCGUAUCCUCCCAGCACAAAAUGUUCACGUUUUUGAUGAAAUCGAAUCUGUCUUUGGACAUGAGUGCUUUAAGUCUGCCGCCCGAAGGACCAUUGUUGCCCAGCCCAAGGUCACAGGGACUGACUGACACCUGUGUCUCCUUGGAGAGCUUCGGAGUUCUCUCUAGCCCCGUUCGGGGUUGAUUUUCUCUACGUGGUGUGAGGUGGGGUCCACCGCCCGUCACCCGCCAACACCAUCUGCUUUGGGCGUCUUCCUCGUUGGGUCGUUGGGCAUCCUUGUUGAAAUCAGGUGAUUUUACGUGGGUCCUACGGAGUUACUGUGAGUGAGAUCAGCCCCCCAGCAGGGGGAAGCAGGAUGCCCUUGACCGUGCACCCUUAACUGUACGGGCUACUUCUGGACGCCCAGCCCCGCUUUCUUUUGAACGUAGGCAUGACCUCAUGCUAGUGCCACGCCUCGGUCACGGUGGUGCUGUGGUAAUUUGUAUUCAGGCAGUAUAAGUUCCCCGACUUUUUUCCCCCUUCUAAUAUUGUCUUGGCUAAUCUGAGUCCCUUUUUUAAUAUGAAUUUUAAAAUCAGCUUGUCAAUUUCUUAAAAAAAGGCAGCAAGGCUUAUUUUAAAACUAGCUUGCUGAAAAAAAUGAGGAGCUGAUACCAAGGGCUCAAGUAGAAAGAAAGUGUUUUGAAAAUGAUGGCAACAAAUGUAUAA